CACAUUUAAAGCUGUUGCAGGGCAUCUAAAGCUGGUACAGGGUAUCAGGGGGCUGAGAGUUUGGAAGACAUUCUUGCUGUAAAAUAUCGUGUAGGUCGGCAGCAUGGCGCAGAAGGUGCUCGUGACGGGCGGAGGAGGAUACAUAGGCAGCCACUGUGUGGUGGAGCUGAUCGAAGCCGGAUACCGACCGGUCGUCAUCGAUAACUUCAGCAACGCGGUUCGAGGAGAAGGCGAUGUUCCCGAGAGCCUGCGCAGGAUAGAGAAGUUUACGGACACCAAGAUCGAGUUUCACGAGCUGGACCUGCUGGACAAACCCAGCCUGGAGAAAAUCUUCAAACAGCACUCGUUCUGCGCCGUGAUGCACUUCGCUGGUCUGAAGGCGGUCGGAGAGUCGGUGGAACAGCCGCUACGCUACUACAGAGUCAACCUGACGGGUACUAUCAACCUGCUGGAGGUAAUGCAGGCCAGCGGCGUGCGCAAUAUCGUCUUCAGCAGUUCGGCGACGGUGUACGGCGACCCUCAGAAACUCCCCAUCGACGAGGAACACCCGACCGGAGGCUGCACCAAUCCGUACGGCAAGACCAAAUACUUCAUAGAGGAGAUGAUCCGGGACCAGUGCCAGGCGGAAAAGGACUGGAAUGCCGUGCUGCUCAGGUACUUCAACCCCAUCGGUGCUCACGUCUCGGGCCAGAUCGGCGAAGAUCCGCAGGGAAUCCCUAACAACCUCCUACCUUAUGUAGCUCAGGUUGCCGUCGGGAGACGAAAACACCUGAACGUGUUCGGAGACGACUACGACACGACUGAUGGGACAGGAGUGAGAGACUACAUUCAUGUGGUAGACCUGGCAAAGGGACACAUCGCAGCUCUAAAGAAGCUAAAGGACAACUGCGGCUGCAAGGUGUAUAAUCUGGGAACGGGAACCGGCUACUCGGUGUUACAGAUGGUCAAAGCGAUGGAGAAGGCGUCAGGAAGAGAGAUUGCGUAUAUAAUCGCCCCCCGGAGGGGCGGAGACAUCGCCUCAUGUUACGCGGACCCUCGUCUGGCGGAGAAGGAGCUCGGCUGGAAGGCCGCUUUCGACCUGGAGAGGAUGUGUGAGGACUUGUGGCGCUGGCAGUCCCAGAAUCCCACGGGCUUCAGUAACGGCUCUGUGUCGUAAAACAGAAACUCCGGAGAUGAAGACGACGUGACUAAACGCUUUUUCUACAACUUUAUUACACUUGAAACCUCGUGACCUGAUGAAUCUCAGUUUCUGGCUGAUUUAGUGAUUCUGUUCCUGUCUGUCAUUAAAUUAUUAGAAAACUGCUGUUUUUACUUUUCUGUAUCUGAGUAGAAAUGUUACAUUGAUUCUUUAUAUUAUUACUGAGGACCAUGUUGUACUACAACACAACACAAAGAGGAGAAAAACUGGUGCUUUUUUCAUGGCAUUCCUUUAAAAUAUUUCAUUUAUUUAACAGCAUCAGCAGCAACAAUAUAAACUCAUCAGCACUUCAGGUGCAGAACUAAAGAUACGGACAUCAGACACUCGACUGACUGAACGAUUGAUUUGAUGCUGCACACGUGUGUGUGUGUAUGAAUGGAUUGUGAAUGAGCCGUGCAACUUUGUGUAUGUGUAACUCGUUUAUUGAAGGAUUGUCGAAGUAUGAAGUUCUUUUUUAUUGAUUUAAUAAUAAUGCACAGAGAUUCAAAAUUGUUUUUCUUUUCUUUUUGCUGUUUCCUAAAUACUGUAAAUGACUGUAAAAGAACAACCUCAACUAAAUGAAAAAUAAAAUCAAGCUAUUAUUAUUUAAAUGACGAUUAUAAAUUGAUUUGUCAUCUUUUUAAGUCAUAUGUC